AUGGCAGCUCCAGCUCAAAAAGUCUUUCGUUCCGGCGCAAAUGCCCUUAUCACGGGCGCCGCUUCUGGUGUUGGCCUGGCGGUAGCCAAGCUGUGCGCUUCGCAUGGAAUGAACCUGAUCCUCGCCGACAACAACUCGGACAUGCUCAGGGCCGCCCAUGGCAAGAUCUCGGGCUCAGGCAAGGUCGAAAUGCAUGAUAUUGACGUAUCCAAGAUGGAGGACUGGUCUAAGUUGAAAUCCGCUGUAGAGCGGGACGGCAGGAAGCUGGACUUCUUACACUUGAACGCUGGCAUCGGACUCAAAGGCGACUGGACCGAUAACGCGUACUUCCACAAGAUCUUCGAUGUCAACUUCUUUGGCGUCGUGAACGGCAUCAACACCUUCUACCCUCAUUUCGACGGCAACAACGGCCAGCAGAAAGCCGUGAUUGUCACAGGCUCCAAGCAGGGUAUCACAAAUCCCCCGGGUAAUCCAGCGUAUAACGCCAGCAAAUCCGCCGUGAAAACAAUUGUAGAGCAUCUUCACUUCGAUCUCGCCAAAUCGUCUCCGAACACUUCUGUGCAUAUGCUGGUGCCCGGCUGGACCUUCACCGGACUCACAGGAGGUGGUAAGGUCAGCGAGAAGCCAGAUGGUGCGUGGUCAGCAGAGCAGGUCGCAGACUACCUGUACAAAAAGAUGAGUGAGGGCAAAUUCUACGUGAUCUGCCCAGACAAUGAUGUCGAUUGGGAGACGGAUCGCAAGAGGAUGACUUGGACAAUGGGCGAUAUCGUGUACGAACGCAAGCCUCAGAGCCGAUGGCUCGACGAGUUCAAGGAGGAGGCUGCGGAAACAUUGGGAAGCAUGAAGCUGGGAGCGAAGCAGAAAGGCAGCUCGGCGUGA